GUUUAUAAUAUAAAAAUGGUUUGGGUUUGGAGUAGUUGGUUGACUCUUGCACAUGAUGUGGGCUGUAUCAGUUUUCUCAUCUCUCAUCUCACAUCUCAACAAACUCGAACACACAACACAGACACUAGAGAGUCAUCCCCACUCGCUUUGACUCGUCGCCACGCUUACUUUUAUAAACAACCAAGCCUCAGCUCAGCCAUGUCUCCCAGCAAGCUUGAUUCCAUUGGAGAGGCAAGUAUAUCGUGUUCACAGCAAGAGAAUGGUUUUAUCAAUUCAUUCUCUCUCUUCUCAGAGAAGGCAGUUGAUGAACUUCUUCAACCUCCAGUUCAGGGGACUGAUGAGCACCUUAUAGAGUUCUCAGAAGCUAUGAGAACUGUUGCAAAGGCUUUGAGACGAGCUGCUGAAGGAAAGGCUUCUGCUCAAGCUGAGGCAGCUGAAUGGAGGCGUAAAUAUGAACUAGAGAGAGCACGGAAUCUGCAGCUGGAGCCUAAAGAGCAGUUACCUGGGCAGCAUGGUGAUGAGGCAAUAAUAGAAAACUUGAUUAACCAAAAUAAUAAAGCUAAUGGGAAAUUCUUGACUUGUUGUGGGAGGAAUGGAAUUUGCUCCCAUGAGGUUCUUCGAGAUGGGGAACCUGGUUCCGAUUCCAAGAUGGUUAGGAAGGCUUCAUUUAAACUUUCAUGGCGCUGCAAAGGUGAGCAAAGUGAUCAGCACAAACAUGACAUUGUGUCUUUUGAAAGAGGGAAUAUCACCACUGCAGAGCGCAGCAGUAAGCAGAUCUCUUUGAAGUGGGAAUCACGCCCGCAGACUGUGCUUGUUAUGACCAAACCAAAUUCGAUCUCUGUUCAAAUUCUGUGUGCAGAAAUGGUCAGAUGGUUGAGAGAGCAGAAAAAUAUGGACAUAUAUGUUGAGCCACGCGUGCGAGUGGAACUUCUAACAGAGUCAUCUUACUUCAACUUCGUACAAACUUGGAAAGACGACAAGGAAGUUUUGCUCCUGCAUACAAAAGUUGACCUUGUAGUAACUCUUGGUGGGGAUGGAACGGUCCUUUGGGCAGCAUCCAUGUUCAAAGGACCGGUUCCUCCUGUUGUCCCAUUUUCUUUAGGGUCUCUUGGCUUUAUGACCCCUUUUCACACUGAAAAUUACAGAGAAUGCCUCAACCAAGUCUUAAAGGGUCCCAUUAGUAUCACAUUACGACACCGUUUGCAGUGCCAUGUUAUUAGGGAUGCAGCUAAAAAUGAGUAUGAAACUGAAGAACCAAUACUUGUUCUGAACGAGGUUACAAUUGAUCGAGGAAUAUCAUCCUACCUCACAAAUUUAGAAUGCUAUUGUGACAACUCCUUUGUCACUAGUGUGCAAGGGGAUGGGUUAAUUUUAUCAACAACAUCUGGGAGUACUGCAUAUUCGUUGGCAGCUGGGGGAUCAAUGGUCCAUCCACAGGUCCCUGGUAUCCUAUUUACACCAAUUUGUCCACAUUCCUUGUCCUUUCGGCCUCUUAUAUUGCCUGAGCAUGUGACAUUGCGCGUACAAGUACCUUUCAAUAGUAGAGGUCAUGCAUGGGCUUCAUUUGAUGGCAAGGACAGGAAGCAACUAGCAGCAGGAGAUGCUCUUGUAUGCAGCAUGGCCCCUUGGCCUGUGCCUACAGCAUGUCAGGUUGAUUCCACUGGUGACUUCUUGCGAAGCAUUCAUGAGGGCCUCCACUGGAAUCUAAGAAAGACUCAGUCUUUUGAUGGUCCUAGAGAAUCAUAAAUUUCUUUUUCUUAAUAAUUUUUACAGAUAAAAGAAGCUAUUAUAGUUGGUAUAUCUAUUUAUUUUCAGAAAAUCACUGCUUAAGAGUAACCUUAGGAGGGGCCUAGUGGGGGAAGCUAAUGUAGUUCUUUUUCUUAUCUCCCCCUUAAUUGUUUUUACUUCAAUAUGAAUAGGGCUCCCUGAUGUAUAUUAUGGAAUGAGAGAUGAACGUUUACCGAUAAUGAUGAUGACGAAGAAUAGGCCUUAGAAUGUUUCUUAUAAGAUCAAUAUUUUAAUUUUCAAAGAAAUUUGUGAAACUAUAAUUAUGUAUGAAAUGAAUACAUACAAGAAAAUAAAAUUGUUAAGUGUUUAUACUUGC